AUGGGAGGUCUUGACUACGUGCUCUUUGAAGAGUCCACAGGGUAUGCUAUUUUCAAAGUGUUAAUCCAACAAGAUGAGGUUCAAGCCAAGUCGAAGGAAGUACAAGAAGCUGCCAACGAUUUAGGUAAGUUUUCCAAGAUGAUUGAGUUAGUUUCAUUUGCACCAUUCAAAGGAGCUGCUCAAGCUUUAGAAAACGCCAAUGAUAUUUCUGAAGGUUUAGUCUCAGACUAUUUGAAGUCUGUUUUGGAAUUAAACUUGCCCAAGGGAUCUCUGAAGAAUAAAAUCACUUUGGGUAUUUCAGAUAAGAGUUUGGGUCCAUCCAUUAAGGAAAGUUUCCCAUAUGUUGACUGUUUGUCCAAUGAGAUUGUUCAAGACUUUUUAAGAGCCAUCAGAGUCCAUGGUGUCAAGUUGUUGAAAGAUUUACAAGAUGGAGACAUUGAAAGAGCUCAAUUAGGUUUGGGUCACGCCUUCUCUCGUGCUAAAGUGAAGUUUUCAGUGCAAAAGAACGAUAACCAUAUCAUCCAAGCCAUCGCAUUGUUGGACCAAUUAGAUAAGGACAUCAACACGUUUUCUAUGCGGGUCAAGGAGUGGUAUGGAUGGCAUUUCCCAGAAUUGGCCAAGAUUGUUCCUGAUAACUAUAAAUUUGCUAAGACUGCCUUGUACAUUAAAGAUAAGGCCAGUUUGACCGAAGACAACUUGCACGACUUGGCUGCCAUCUUUGAAGACGACUCUGCAGUGGCUGAAAGAAUCAUUGCUACGGCCCAAAUGUCGAUGGGUCAAGACAUCAGUGAAGAAGACAUGAAGAACGUGUCCACCUUUGCCGAAAGAGUGGUAAACAUCAGUGAAUACAGAACCAAAUUAUAUGAUUACUUAACAGAGAAGAUGAACACUGUUGCACCCAACUUGUCAACUUUGAUUGGUGAAGUUGUUGGAGCCAGAUUAAUUUCCCAUGCUGGUUCUUUGACCAACUUGUCCAAACAAGCUGCUUCCACCGUUCAAAUCUUGGGUGCUGAAAAGGCCUUGUUCAGAGCCUUGAAGACCAAGGGUAACACUCCUAAAUAUGGUUUGAUUUACCAUUCCUCUUUUAUUGGUAAGGCUUCCGCUAAGAAUAAGGGGAGAAUCUCAAGAUACUUGGCCAACAAGUGUUCCAUGGCUUCCAGAAUCGAUAACUACUCUGACGAACCCACCACUGCUUUCGGUCAAAUCUUGAAGAAACAAGUUGAAGACAGAUUGGCCUUUUACGACACCGGUUCCGCUCCUAUGAAGAACUCCGAUGCCAUCAAGGAAGCCUUGGCUUUGGUCGGCACUCUGGCCAGCGACUUGAUGGAUGUUGAUGUUGUUGAAGAGAAGAAGGAAAAGAAGGAUAAGAAGGAAAAGAAGGAAAAGAAGGAAAAGAAGGAAAAGAAGGAAAAGAAGGAAAAGUCUUCUGAAAAGAAAGAUAAGAAGAGAAAGUCUGAAGAAGAAGAAACCCCCAAAAAGAAGAAGAAGAAGUCAAAGGAUUAA